CAGGAUGAGUGGAAAUAUGUAAUAAUCAUCAAGCUUGCCAAAAGGCAAGUAAAGAAAGAGCCAAGAGAAGGAUUGCCUUGAUGAAUAAAUUUUAUAAAAGCAUGGAGAAAAGUCCUGUAAAGGUCAGAAAGAAGAAAAAGAAGAGAUAUAAGUCUAAAUAAUAAAUCUAAAAAGGCUUUAUUUCAUAGGAAAGACAAUCAAUUGGCAAAGGAUCAUGAAUGAACUAAUUCAUUUCAAUUUUUGGAGAGGCCAAGCUACUCAAAAUCAAUAGUACCAGCUUUAGAGCCAGCUGACCCUACUUUGCUGUCACUUAAUAUGCGAGAGCGGUCUCUCAAAUGGAGGAAUAAGAACUUCAAGAUAGAAAAUAAGAUCACAAGCACACCGUAUAGGCGAAUGCAGUUGACUAAAUCUCUCCAGAACAAGAAGUAUGACUUUGCUAGUAACUUCAAGUCCAAGAUAGAGUAUACUAAAUCAAAGUACAUAAUCGACCACGAGCAGAGAUUUAUCGAAGAAGGCCGCAAGAAGGUAAUCUCCCUUAUCCACCUCCUAGAAAUUCCGUGAAGAACAGGAGCAUUCUGAAUUCCUGAAAGUUCUAGAGAACUUCGGCGCCAGCAUUAAGAAAGAUCUGGCAGGGAUCAAGACUGGGUUAGGCUAUAAAUAGACAUUUCAACUGUG